CAAUUUUCAUCAUAAGUUAUCUUCUCGAUGGAGUUGAUGGUCUGAUAACAUGAGAGGAGAUUUCAUGCUGGCUGUCAUGGGAAGGGAUGUGGAACGCAGGAUGUGAUGUGGGUAUAGCAACCUCAUUCCUGCUCGCCAGUCUUUCUGCCCUUCCAUUCGCAUUUUCGUUGGGCUAUCGUGCGCCUCAGGGCCAAGUCAUGUAUUUAUCAAGUUCGUUGUGCCAUUCUGCGCUGAUGCCGAUAGAAAAUAUCUAUACAACAGGUCAUGGAAAUGUGCAGAUUGCUCCUAGAACAAAAUAUCUGAUCUGUUGCGGCUUUGCGCAAGUCGUGCUGUAGAGGAUAGCCGCAUUCACAGCCAUAACGAAAGAGCAGUACAUG